GGCGCUUCUUUGCUCCGGAGCAGGGGCUGCGGCGUCCGCAGCGAGAGCGACUCCGGUCCCGGCGGCAGUGGGGAUAGCGCCGGGCUCCUCCGAGGAGAAGGUCAGCGGCGGCGGCCGCUUUCCGCGGUGCGGCCUCCCGAUCGGCCCGGCCCCGCCUGCAGCCGCUCGCCCCCGGGAGAGCGCUGAGCUCCAGCGGCGCGAUGUCGGCGCGGCGGCGGCAGCGGAGGGCGGCCGCAGAGGAGGCGGAGGAGGAAGAAGAAGCGGCGGAGGAGGGGGGCAGCGAUAAGGAGGAGGAUUUGGAAAAAAGGCUUUGUGAGUUGGACCUUAGAAGUGAUUUAGAUGUUCCCGAUAUUCCUCCACCAACAGACAGCACUCCAGAAAUCCUCAAAAGGGCUUUGUCAGGCUUGUCUGCCAGAUGGAAAAAUUGGUGGAUUCGUGGAAUUCUCAGUCUAGCUAUGAUUUCUGGGUUUUUUCUGGUCAUAUACCUGGGAUCGUUUAUGCUGAUGCUUCUGGUCUUAAGCAUCCAAGUGAAGUGUUACCAUGAAAUCAUUACUAUAGGUUACAGAGUCUACCACUCGUAUGAUUUACCAUGGUUUAGAUCCCUCAGCUGGUAUUUUUUGCUGUGUGUGAACUACUUCUUUUACGGAGAGACUGUAGCUGAUUACUUUGCUACGUUUGUUCAGAGAAGAGAGCAGCUUCAAUUCCUAAUUCGCUACCACAGGUUUAUAUCUUUUGCACUCUAUUUAACAGGCUUCUGCAUGUUUGUUUUGAGUUUAGUGAAGAAACAUUAUCGUCUGCAAUUUUACAUGUUCGCAUGGACUCAUGUCACUUUGCUGAUCACUGUAACUCAAUCUCAUCUUGUCAUCCAAAAUCUCUUUGAAGGCAUGAUCUGGUUUCUGGUUCCAAUUUCAAGUGUUAUCUGCAAUGAUAUUGCCGCCUACAUUUUUGGAUUCUUCUUUGGCAAAACUCCAUUAAUAAAGCUGUCUCCCAAGAAGACCUGGGAAGGGUUCAUUGGAGGCUUCUUUUCCACAGUUGUAUUUGGAUUUAUUUUUUCCUAUUUUCUGGCUCAACAUCAGUACUUUGUCUGCCCUGUGGAAUAUAACAGUGAAACCAACAGAUUUGUGACAGAGUGUGAACCUUCAGAGCUCUUUCAGAUUAAGAAGUACCCUUUGCCACCAGUAUUUCAGGCUGUGUUGGGAUGGGAAACGGUGAAUAUGUACCCAUUUCAGCUGCACAGCAUCGCACUGUCGACAUUUGCCUCAUUAAUUGGACCAUUUGGAGGAUUCUUUGCCAGUGGAUUUAAAAGAGCUUUCAAAAUCAAGGAUUUUGCAGACACAAUCCCUGGGCACGGUGGAAUAAUGGAUCGUUUUGAUUGUCAGUACUUGAUGGCCACUUUUGUUCAUGUCUAUAUCACCAGUUUCAUAAGGGGCCCAAAUCCCAGCAAAUUACUGAAACAGCUGUUAAUACUUCAGCCUGAGCAACAACUAAGUGUGUAUAAAACCCUGAAAUCUCACCUCAUCGAAAAAGGGAUCCUGCAGCCAUCUCUGAGAGUGUAGUUUGUCAAAACAGAGGACUAGAAGAAACCUCCAUUUACAAGAAGCCUGUGGAAAAGCAUUGCAAAUACAAACAUAGAUAACAGCUAAAGGGAGAGUAGUUUGUAGUCUGGAAGAGGUGAAUGUUUCCUGAAAUGAAUGUGAAUGCUAUGACUUCCUGUUAGGACACAGAAGAUCUUUUAGUCCUAAAAUAAAAUGCUUGCAAAGUAACAGUUCACAUGAUGCAUAUUUUAGUUCCUGAAGAGCACAGCAGCCUUCCUUCAACACCCAGCCCAACAGACUUUGCUCACCAUUAGUUUUUAGUGAGUUAUUUAAUAUUGUAUAUCUUAGCAAUACUUUCCUUGGUCUCCUGUGGCUAUUGAAACAUAAACAGAUGAGGCCGGUGGUCACUUUAAUGUAGCUCAGUGCUAUAUGACAAUUGGCCAGAAAAUGCUUGUUAGCCUGGUCAAAGAGGUAGUUACAGCCUGCUGUGUCAGACUCCCUGUAUUUACUAAAUUGCUGUGGAAGUUAAACUUAGCCGUGUUUUUAACUAAACACCUUCUUACAAAACUAUUUCAUGCUUUCAAGAGAAAAGAACCUUUGCUGAAUUAUAGGUGGGCUGUUUGGGGUGUGGAGCUGCUGGCUUUUAUGUUAAUGUUAUGGAUUAUAAACAAGCACCCACAUCCAAGAGUAGAGAUUACCUGAGAAAAUGGGAUUCUCUGACCCAGGAAACAGAUUAGAGAGAAUCUGGAGCUUAAACCCUUGGUUUCCACGGCCUGGUCAGUGUCUGAAGACAGUAAUUCAAGCCUUAUUCCUUGUGCCUCUUAACUACCAUGUAGAAUGGGGGUAUUUCCUUCUUUUUAAAAGCACGUUGAGGUCCUGAGUAAGUGAAGUUCAAGUGCUAGAACAACACUUAACGUGUUAUUCAGUGAAGGCUGAAGCUUUUAUCUCAUGAAUGUGCACAGUGCAAGACAGGAUAUAUGGUUCUUCUGCUGUGUGUUCUUAUUUAUUAAGAAGAUUCUCAAGCAAGCUUGGGUAACCACAUAGAUAUUUGAAUGGAGAAUUUAAUAGAAAGCAGCUAUUCUGUAAACAUACGAGAAAAGCUGAUGUUCUGUAAUUCUCAAUGCUAGCUGUUUUCUAACUUUUUUUCGUGUGACAUGUCUUGAUGCAAAUAAAAAUACACACUUUUGUGAAAUGACAGAAAUUACUCCUGUACAAACAGAAAGCACAAAUGCCAAUUUUGUUUUGGUAUACUGUAACUUGAUAAAACUUAAUUUUUCCUAUUAAUUGUAAA